AAGCAAAUAUGAAUGAAAAAGGCUACAACUACACUGCAAUUUCAACCACCGCCAGAGCGUGUUAUCUUCAUAACUGGCACAAUUACUGAUCAUUACCUUUUAUAACUGAAUCCAAGCCACUUAAUUCAGUACAAAAAUGGAAUAAUUUGCUGUAAAGCAAAGCAAUCAAGUUUCAAUUUUUCUAGAGCCCUUCUGCUUAAGUUUAUGAUGAAGAAAUCUCCAGAGCACCAAGGCAGUGGAUUUGAUCUGCACAAGGACUUUUCCCAGUUCUGUGAGGAAGCAAAGCAAAAUGUAAAUGAAGCAAAAGUGAGAAGUUCAUCAGUGCACCCAGAAGAAUAUGGGAAAACAGGAUUGGAGAAAGUGAAGAAAUCAUGGAAAAGUUGUCUGACAUCAUGGUGGAGCAAGCAUCCAAAGGAACCCACCAACAACAAUAAUUGUGAAUCAAAGGUUUAUGUGAAAAGGAUGGGCCAUGUUUCUGGGCCAACAAUAUACAACUGUGGCAAAGGACCUGAUCCUGAUGUGAAGUAUCGGCGUCCAAAUUCUGGGCCUCUCUUCAAAUUCACAAAGAGAGAGGAGAGUCAGAUUCCUUACGUGUCUCUUCACCAACAAAACUGCCCUCCUGCUGCUUCGCACAACUAUGGCCCCCUUUAUGUGGUCACUUGAAUUCAAUGCCUUCUUCAUUUUCUGCUCAUCAGAUGAAACAAUUCACUUUGAGCUCUAUGAGCAUGUACUUGCCUUUUAUUUUCAAAUACAAAAUUUGGGAAUAGCUCCUCCUUUGUUGCUUACACUUAUUGCCCAAUUACUCUUUC